AUGACUAUGUCUGCAGCAUUAGUGACUAUUUCAUGUGGGAGAGUGAUGGAGGGAGUGGUGGUGGCAGCAGUUUGGGAUGCUUCAGCAUGUUGGGACAUUUUUGUGGAAGUGGGGUACUGGUGCAAGAGCAGUGCAGUCAAAUUGCUGAAUAUCAUGGAGCAAAAGUCAGUAUUGCCAGGUGCUGACAAUACAGAUAUGGUUGUAGAUGAGCCAGAAUUUCUACCAUUUGGUGCAGCCACAAAUGCCACAGCUUCAGGCCAUCAGCUAGGAUCACCAUCAUCCUCCAUGCCACCAAAUGCCAGCCCUUCCCUGCCAUCACUCAGCAUGCUUGUGCCAUCUUGGGACUCACCACCACUUUCACUGGAGUUGCAGCCAUCUGCUGCUGAUCAACAAUGGGAGGUGUGGCAAGCAAGUCAUUCCAUGCCAUCCUUGGCUGCCAUUGCACCUAGCUGGGAUUCACCAACAUCUUCCCUGGCAGUCUCACCCCCACCUAGAUCAUUGCUGGCAUCUGCACAAAUUCCACAAACUGUGCCAUCUCCCAUGGUUCAUGCAUAUAUGGAUGAGUGGUUAGAUGGUGCAGCAGCCUCUGAGCCACAGCCCAUCCCAGCUAUAUCAUGGCAACCAUCCCCCCAGCCUACAGCCACCAAUGCCACUGCUGUGACUUGGGUAUACAAGGACUUCAUGACAAAGGGCCAAUUACAACAUCAGUGGAAAAAGCAUGGCAGCUUGCAGUUCUUCUUGUGGGACUGA